AUGGACUCACCAAAGAAGCUUAGCCCAACCUACAUCCCAGAGUCUCCUCAGAUACCCAACGAAGAAGAUUCAGCUGGCUCUCAAGCUGUCCCAGAAGUACUAGCAAAGAACCCUAAUAACUUGACGCUCAACCCUAGUACCAAACUCCCUUCCCUUCUACCAGAAUGUUCACCCCAACAGCAGGACAGAGAAAAGAACUUACAGGGGCGUGGACUGGGGCUGGGUCAAGGCAUGCUCUACAGAAGGAGAUGUGAUGUAAGGACAUUGGCAACUGCUAGGAAAGAAAGGAUGCAAAGGAUGUUACAAGUGAUUAGAUCCUACACCCUGUCCCUGCUUCAAAAAGACCCGCAGGAGAGGAAAAUUGAGAUUGAAUCACGAUUCAGAAGAUUUAGAUGUAGCUCUCAUUAUUAUAUCAGAUCCUUCUGA